AUGUGGACAUCGAGGGGGCACAGCAUGGAACAAGGCGAGUGGAUCAGAGACGGGGAGGGGAGGCGGCUGAUGAAGAGAAAAGGAGGGGGAGACGAGGAGAAUCAGGUGGUGUGCCGAGGCGCGGCGGCUGGAGAGCCGACAGGGAGGUUGGCAGGCAUGUGGAACGGAGGUGGGAGUGCGCCAUGUCCAUACUGGGCGGAGCCAUCUUGGUUAGCAGAUAAGGUGACCCUGCCGCGCGGCAACGGCGAAAGCGGGUAUGUCAGCGAGCUUCGCGGAGCAGAGGCAGAAAGGGGGCGCGGCGAGUGGCGCAUCGGCCGGUGCAACAGCGAGUGUAUCGGCGCGGGGGCGUCGCCCACGGGGAACAACGCGGGGGCUGGUGCAGCGCGCGUCGGGGGGAAGCACAAGGUCCAGCGGGCCCGGGUUGCGCCACCUCCAGCCCGCCCUUGCCUUGGUGCUGCAUGUGGGGUCGGCCCAGCAAGCCGCACUGUCAGCAUGGAUCGCUCCACACAGCCCGGCGCGGCAAGCCCGCUGUCUCGCAGCAAGGCCCUGGGGCACCGCCUUGCCCUCGCGACCAAGACAGCGCAACGGAGGCUGAUGCGUGUGCGACGCAUGUGUGGGUCCAUUCUGUCUGCUGGUGUGCCUCCUGUGUCGAGGUGUGGGGACGAGCGGGCCGACAGCGAUUCCCACGGCUGCGAUCUGGGCACCGGCGGCAGCAGGACGCAGCCACGGCGGGAGCCCGCGGAGCCGCCAAGGCUGGCCAGAGGCAGGACCAGCAGCAAGGAAGCGCUGGGCAUUUGCAGCCAGUCACGGCCGCCCUUGGCAUCUGCAGACAAAGACUGGUUUCGAAUCCGAGGCGAGAGCAUGCGGUGGGAAAGCCAGUGCCGGGCUGCGGCGGCGCGGUGGGUGUGGGGAAUGCCUCUGCGCCAAGGCAGCGAGCCGUGGGUGCAUGCGGGAAGAUGGACAGAUGGAUGA